AAAAUAACUUAAAACAUUAAUAAUUUAGAAAUAUGUUAUUUUGAUAGUACUUAGUUUAAAUAAUAAGUAUAUUUGUUUCUCUAAAUUUUCUAAAUAUGUUAGAGAAAACUCUUAUUAACGGUCACAUUUUAUUUAACGUUAAACUGCAUUAAUUAAUAUGUUAUGUUCACUUGAAAAUACGUUUAGUUUGUGUUUGAGUGUUUAAUCUCUUAUAAAUAUGAGACAAAAUUUCAUUCUAAAAUACCAGAUACAAACAUUUUAAUAUAUUAUAUUAAUAACAUUUGCCACUUAUUUUGAAAGUAUUGGCAAAAUGGCUCACACUUCCUCCCGAACUACUAUCGUAUUCAUUGUUGUUGCUUUGGUUUGUGCAUUCGUUCCUGCAUUCUCUGUAGAAGAAGCUGAAGCAAAAUCACUAUGGGAUACAUGUCUUCUUAAAAUCAGUCCAAAAUGUGCGUUGGAUAUAAUUGGUGUUGUCUUUGAAAAUUUAACCAUCACUGAUGCAUGCUGUCAUGAUCUUGUUCAAGAAGGAAAAAUGUGUCACGAUACUCUUAUCAAAUAUAUUGCUGAGAAGCCACACUUAGUUGCCCACGAAACAGAGUAUUUGACGAAAAGUGAUGCUUUGUGGACUCAUUGUGUCUCAAUUUCGCAAACUGCUUAAUAAUAUUAUAUGCAUGUAUUGUUCUGAUUAACAAAAAUUGUAUUCAACUAUCCUUAAAUUUUCUUUGAUCAAAAAUCGUGGAUCAAACAACAUGCAAUAUAAAACGAACAUCAAGUGAAUCUCAUUCUAAAUGAAUCAAUACAAAUAUUAACUCAGCUGAAAAACAAUGCGCUAUCCAUACAAGAUUGUUAAACUAAUAACAAAACAUAUAUGAAUAAUUUCAAAAAAUAUUGCUUAAUUAGUUUGAUUUAGCGUAUCUUUAAUUUUAAAAUUUAAUUUUCAUCUAAGAUGUCAAUCAUUAUUUUUACAUACUGAAA